UAACAACCCACGCUUGUAUUUGUAAUAAACGGGCAAUGCCCGCAAAGGCUGUUGGCCAAAUAUCGCAUCCCCCCCAAUGUGGGAGUUUGUCGUGGGCUUAUAUAAAUGCACCCAGGUGGAUUACUCUGUGCUAGUCGCCGUAAGUCAGCUUGUGGGAGAUCAAUAAGACCAAAGCAGCACCACCACCAUGUGUGACGACGAAGAGGCAUCGGCGCUCGUUUGCGACAAUGGCUCCGGUCUUGUCAAGGCUGGCUUUGCCGGUGAUGACGCUCCUCGAUCGGUCUUCCCCUCCAUCGUUGGCCGCGCCCGUCACCAGGGUGUGAUGGUCGGUAUGGGUCAGAAGGAUGCCUACGUCGGUGAUGAGGCCCAGAGCAAGAGAGGUAUCCUCACCCUCAAGUACCCAAUCGAGCAUGGUAUCAUCACCAACUGGGACGACAUGGAGAAGGUCUGGUACCACACCUUCUACAAUGAGCUCCGUGUUGCCCCUGAGGAGUGCCCCACCAUGCUUACUGAGGCUCCCCUUAACCCCAAGGCCAACCGUGAGAAGAUGACUCAGAUCAUGUUCGAGUCUUUCAACAUGCCCGCCAUGUACGUCUGCAUCCAGGCUGUCCUCUCCCUCUACGCCUCUGGCCGUACAACUGGCCAGGUCUGCGAUUCAGGUGAUGGUGUGACACACAUGGUUCCAGUAUAUGAAGGUUUCGCCCUUCCUCACGCCAUUCUCCGUUUGGAUUUGGCUGGUCGUGAUAUCACCAACUACCUGAUGAAGAUUCUGACUGAGCGUGGCUACUCCUUCACCACCACUGCCGAACGUGAGAUUGUCCGUGACAUCAAGGAGAAGCUUUGCUACAUGGCUCUUGACUUUGAAAAUGAGAUGAACACUGCUGCUGCCUCCUCCUCCAUCGACAAAUCUUACGAACUCCCUGACGGUCAGGUUAUUACCAUUGGUAAUGAGCGUUUCCGUGCUCCUGAAUCUCUGUUCCAGCCUUCCUUCCUGGGUAUGGAAUCUGCUGGUGUUCAUGAGACUGUCCACAAUUCCAUUAUGAGGUGCGACAUUGACAUCAGGAAGGACCUUCUGGCCAACAUUGUCAUGUCUGGUGGCACCACCAUGUAUGCUGGUAUUGCUGACAGGAUGCAGAAGGAAAUCACUGCUUUGGCUCCUUCAACUGUCAAGGUUAAGAUUAUUGCUCCUCCCGAGAGGAAGUACUCUGUCUGGAUCGGUGGCUCCAUUUUAGGUUCCCUCUCCACUUUCCAAGCGAUGUGGAUCACCAAAGAGGAAUACGACGAGUCUGGUCCUGGUAUCGUCCACCGCAAGUGCUUCUAAUCAUCCUGAUUAGAAUGUAUUCUAUAACUAGGACUGAAAUAUUUUACGCGACUAUGUCUUCAUAUAACACUUACAACAAAUAAAAAUUACAUACAGAUUCAGCGUCUUCAUAGGCUGCCACACUCAACAAAUUUUCUUUUCAGGAACAUUUUAUAUACAAUAUUACACAACUUGUAAAAGACAAAAAAUAUAUUCUUAGAUUAAA